CCAAGAUGGCGGCGGCUAUGGCUGUGGCCAGCCUUUUCCCGCCCUAGAGCGCUGUGUGGAGGUGAUGCUGCCUGCGAUGGUCAUCGGAAGUCUCCUUUGGGGGCUGCUGUUGCUCUCCGGGGCUCGGACCCAGGAUGGGGAUCCCGGUUUUCAACCUUCCUUUAUCUACAUGUCUGGAUCCAGAGUCACUGCCUCUUUGGCUGGCACCUCUGCAGAUGUUUUUUCUCUCUCUGUAGCAGACAAUGAAACAGGAAUGUUUCCUCUUGAAGACUGUAGAGAAAGAAACAGGACUGGAGAUUGGAGUUUAUAUGUCACAUUUCAAGGGAAUGUUUCCAGAGUGACUGUGCUCUUGACCAGACAUCUACAAAUAUGCACUUCUAACCACACUGGCUGUUGCGUGGAGGCACUCUGCUUGGUCACUGCUCUGCGGGUUACCGCUUGUCAGGACUCUAUGGCGGUGGCCCGCCUGUCGAUCCAAGCGGAGAUCUAUGCCAAUGCAUCCUCUGGGAAUGAGAUGGGAAAUUCAGAAACAUCUGACAAUGUAACAGUUAUCCCCAAUCAAGUGUUUCAGCCACUGGGCUCUUGUCCUUGCAAUCUGACUGCCGGCGCCUGUGAUAUCCGUUGCUGCUGUGACCAGGAAUGUACACCAGAGGUGAAGCAACUGUUCAGCGGAUCGUGUUUUAGCGGAGUAUUUGGUGGGGAUGUCAAUCCACCUUUUGACCAGCUGUGCUCUGUCCAGACUGGGAUCAACACUCCUGAUUGGUUUCCCUUCUUAUGCGUGCAGUCUUCCCUGAACAAUACGCCUUUCCUAGGUUACUUUUACCAGGGUUCUGUUACAUCCUCCAAAGCGUCUUCAUUUAUGGUUCCAUUUCAAACCAUCCCAGGGAGGCUUUUUAGUGGUUACAAACAAGGAGAUCCAAUCAUGACACUAGACAACGAGUAUUUUGCCGUUCCUCAGCCAUUCCUAGCUGGGCAGUGUGCAAGAGAUGCCCCUGUUGCGUUCCUUCGGAAUUUUGCCGUCGAAUGCCUGACUACUUGCAUGGAGGGGAAGAGCAUGCUUCCUGAUGUGACUAUAAACAGUGGCACUGGAGUUCCCAUCAAGCUACAUGUGACUUAUGAGAAGAAAACAACUGACUUAGGCAGUUGCACCAGCAGUGAAUGCAGAAAUGUGACCUUUGCAGCAAAUUAUACAAUCAUAUGGGAAGGCAAGAGAAUAAUAGAAAUGAAGGUCUCUAUCCUUUCUGGGGACAUCUGCUCAGAAGACACCCUGAGACAGAGGUUCACUGUAAACUUUGUGAGCAUAAAUGCUACCAGCACAGAAGAAUGGUCUGGGAAUCCAGGUUAUCAAGUUGGAAAACCAAUCAGAGCAGCAAGCCUGGAUUCUUCUGUUGCAAUUACCACUUUAAAUCUCUGGAAGCCUGAUGGCCUGGGUCUGUGCACAUCGGCAAGUCCCACUCCUAUUUUAUUUGGAUUGAAUGCGGUUUCUGGAUGUGUUUUAGAAGUUGAUCUCAAGGAAAACUGCAGUCAGUUAAGGGAGAACGUUACUGACAAACUGAAUUCCUUGGUGCAAGUGAACCAUGUUGGGAAAAGAGGCAAUUCCAAUUCCAGCAUUCCAGAUGACUGGGUGGAAAUCAUACGUUUAGAUACAUUUGGACCGAGUUCAAAUGCAAGUGUUGGGGUCUUAAAAGGCAUGUGUCCAGGUGUUCCUGCUCACUUGAAUAUUCAGAUUCUCACAGCUGACGUGGGUGCAGUAGAAGGAGUUCCACAACAGGAAAUACUUGGGGUGCAAAUCAGUUUUUCUACAAUAACGUGGCAAGUUCAGUGUCCCAUUACCUGUGAGGAUAAAGCCGGCUCUCUUCUUAUCUCUGCUGCUGUCCAGUUUAUCAAAAUACCAGCUCAGCCCCCUGUUCCAAAGACAAGAUUUCAGAUUAACUAUACAGAAUAUGACUGCAAGAGAAAUGAUGUUUGCUGGCCGGAACUCUUUUACCCCUUGACACGCUUCUACGCAGGUGAACCCUACUCGCGCUCUCUUGCCAAAGGCUUGGUGCUGGCGUUUCUCAUAUUGCUUGCCGUCAUGCUGAGUGAUCCUGUGAGAAGAAUCUAUGAAGCAUGGAAUAAAACAUAAGCCGUCUGUUUACCCAUAUAAAGAGAACAGUUUUGACACUGGGUUUCCCCCUCCUUUAAAUAAGCAGUUCUCAUUUUGAUGGAAAGAGACUAUGUAUAGUUUUUAUGUAUUUUUUUAUAACUGGGAAUAAUUGUAACAUAAACCAUAAUAUGU